AUGUCCACCCACACCUACCCCUUCGCUACCUCCCCCGACAUAAUCCGCACCCACCAAAAAGACGCCUACUUCGCCGGCACGCUCUCGACCUCGCUCUCCUCCCUACUCCGCUCAGCCCUCGGGGCGCGCUUCGCACACGCUCACGCGACCGACGCCCGCACCGCCGCUGAGCUGCUGUAUCUGGCUCUAACAACCGGGGUUGGGAACAGGACGCUUGGGGAGGAGUACUGCGAUGUUGUGCUUAUUGAGGGCGAGACCGGGCGGCUUGCGGGCGUGGGGAGGCGGGCGGGGUACAUACUAGGGAGUGUGCUUGUGCCGUACGGGCUUGGUCGAGUACUCCCAGCCUUUCGACGGCGGGUGCGCGAAACGCUUGAGGCGCGAUUGCGCGAGCCGCCAAAGCAGAAAGGGUCGCAGCAGCAGCGGACAGCCAGGCUACGCAGUUUAAAGAGGAGGCUCAUGGCGUAUAUCCUAGCAAACCUCGACACCAUCACCUCCCCCGCUCCCAUCUACGCCGCCAGCCUCGCGACCUUCUACUUCACCGGCGCCUACUACCAUCUCAGCAAGCGGCUCCUCCGCCUCCGCUAUAUCUUCACACGGCGCGUCGAGCCCGGCGACCAGCGCGUCGGGUACGAGGUGCUGGGCGUGCUGCUCGUGCUGCAGCUAGGCGUGCAGGCGUGGUUGCAUUUACAGGAGGGCGUCCGCUCUGGCGUUGAAUCGGGGAUGGGUGGGCAGGCCGAAGCCGGCGCUGGCGCUGGCGCUGCAGCGGCGAAUGCGGAGGCUGUGGCGGGCGGGACGGCAGUGCUAGACCACGGCGUCGAAGUCUCGUUAAACCCGAACGACUAUGCCGCGAACAACGCGCUCCUUCUCUCCGAGUCACCCCCCACGCACCACCACCCCGCCUCAGAGCUCCAGCGGCUGACCCACACCCCCGCCUCGCCCCUCCCGCGGUACGAUCUGGCGAACCCGGCCACGAUGCAGUGGAUAAACGGGAAGCAGGCGCGCAAGUGCACGCUGUGUCUGGAGCCGAUGCGGGAUCCGGGCGUCACGACGUGUGGGCAUGUGUUUUGUUGGGGGUGUAUUAGGGAUUGGGUGGCUGAGAGGCCGGAGUGUCCGCUUUGUAGGGGGGUUGUGCUUGCGCAGCAUGUUUUGCCGCUGAGGGGGUAG